AUGACGAGUUUCUCGUCCUCGCUUCUUUUACCGCUGCUUUUGCUGCUGUCUUGCUGCCGUGCGAACGCGUCGGAACAACAACAACAACAGAAAACGGUGAUCUCUCAACAAAAGCUGGAAAGCGGCGUUUUGUUCAAAGUCGUCGUCUCCGCCUCCGUCCCGGUGGACAGCUCGGACGUCCUCUUCAACAGAGGCGUCUUGGCGACGACGAAAGCGCAAAAGAUCAGAGUCUGGUGUUUGGACAUGCAACCGCGAGCAGGAAAGAAAAAGAAUAAGAAAAACGAAGCCGAGGAGACGGAAGAUAACAAGAGCAUGGAACUUUCGGACGUGUUUCUCUGGCACGACGAAACGACGGACUCGCAAGAUUGGUACGAGAAGAAAGAGUCGAUCGGGAAUCAGUUGGCGAAGAAAAACGUGCGAUCGGUGGCGUGCGAUAUGCCGGGAUACGGACGAUCGGAAGGGGAGAAGAAGUUCGCGGCGAGCUCGGACUUGGCGAGGAGUUCGUUCCAAGAGCAACUGUUUGAAAAGUUGGAGAUGAAACGACCGGUGGUGUUCGCGCCCGGAGUCUCGAUGAGUUACGUGGUUCCGUUGGCGACGGUGAAGCCGAGCGCGCUCGGUGGCGUGGCCACGUGCGAGAUGGAGAGUGGAUGGGCGGUGGAGAAAGCGGAGAGGAGAAGGAAUACGGAACGGGCGUUGAGAUAUUUGAAGACGACGUUGGAGAGGUUGCCGGAGAAAGCGAGUGAGAUUCCCGUGAAGACGUUUUUGAAGAGAGAAAAGCAAGACGCGUGGGUGGAAAAAGUGCAAAGAGAGUUUGCUGGGAUGUUUCCUUUGACGGACGUGGUGUAUUUGGAAGGACGAGUGCACUGCACGGACGCCAAGAAUGAAAACGACGUCUCGAUCGGGUUGAUUCGCUUGAGCGCGUUGGCGAUGUUGAGUAACGGGAAAGCGAGCGGGUUGGUCAGAAAAGCCAUUUUAGCGAAGAAGAAGGCGAUGCCAAGGAUCGAAGAAGAGGAAGAGGUGGAAGUGGAGCCGGUGAAGACGACGAUCGAGUGGGAAGACGAAGGAACGUCCGGAGGAGGAGAAGAGCGUAGCGGAGAAGGGGAGGAAGGAGAGGCGACUUCCUCGGAGGACUUCGGAGGAGGAGACGGAGAGUAUGAAGAAGAUCUCGCCGACGAGCGAGGGCAAGAACAAAGGCAAGAGCAGCAGCAAAGAAAAAAGCGCUUUUGGACCGGUAGACGGCUCUUAAUAGGUGAUGACAUUGAGCCUUGA